AUGGCGGCCCCAGGCCCGUCCGCUGACGAGCUGGAGUUCAACAGCGUGUUCAGCACUCGCAAGCCGAGGGAUCUGGGGGCCGGGCUGGCCAGCGGAGCCAAGAGUAUUGCCAAGGGGGUGCUGGCGGGUGCCAUUGGCCUGGUUGCCGCCCCGGCGAUUGGGGCCGCCCAAGAUGGGUUCAAGGGCUUUGCCAAGGGCGCCGCGGCAGGCAUCGCGGGCGCCGUGAUCCUGCCGGUAACAGGCGUGGCGGUGGGCACGGCACAGGUGGUGCGCGGCGCGGUCAAUACGCCCGAGGCCAUUUCAAACGCCUCCAAGGGCAGGCACUGGGACGAGGCCAGCCGCAGCUGGAUCGACGCGCCCGGCAUGGCGCUGGCGGUGGACGGCGACGACCAGCGUGCCGCGCGCUCGCAGUGGCGGCGCGUGCAGCAGCGCGCGCGCGGUGGCGGCGGCGGGGAGGGAGUGGAGCAGGAGUUUUAUGAGCUGCUGGGGGUGGAGCGGGACGCCAGCCCUGAGGAGAUCAAGAGGCAGUACUAUCUGCUGGCCAGGCGCAUGCACCCUGACAAGAACCCAGGAGACCCAGAGGCCAAUGCCAAGUUCCAGCGGCUGGGGGAGGCAUACCAAGUGCUGGGCAAUGCAGAGCUCAGGAAGCGGUACGAUGCCCACGGCGCCGAGGGGCUGGAUGUCAACUAUGUGGAUGGCGCCGAGUUCUUUACUGCCCUGUUUGGCUCAGACCGCUUCUCCCACCUGGUUGGAGAGCUGAUGCUGACUGCGGCGGCGCGGCAGGGCGCAGACCUCAACGCAGUGCAGCUCAAGCGCCUGCAGGUUGAGCGCGAGCAGUACGUGUGGGAGUGCCUGCGGGCGCUGCUGAUGCGUUACGUGGAGGGCGACGAGUCGAUGGUUGCAGAGGCGGCGCAGCUGGCCACGGCAUCGUUUGGGGAUGUCAUGCUGGCGGCCAUCGGCGGCGCCUACAAGGCGCAGGCCGACAUCUUCCUUGGAGGCAUCCUGGAUGGCAGCCUGGCGGCGCUGCGGGCCAAGGGGCGGGGCAUCAAGGCCCAGUUCUCUGCCGCCAGCCUGGCGCUCAAGGUGUACCAGAAGCAGCUGGAGAUUGCCAAGCUGGAUGCGGCGGAGCAGCAGGCCAAGCAGCAGGCGCAGCAGCAGACGGCGGCCGCGGCGGCCACGCAGCAGGAGGGCGACGCCUCGAAGCAGGGAGAGGCGGGGCACGGCACGGCUGCGUCGGCGGCGGAGGCGGCGGAGGCGGCGGAGGCGGCGGAGGAGCAGCAGGGGGCGGCGGCACUGGCGGUGGCCACGGCGGCCGCCGAGCGCGCGCGGCUGGAAGAGCAGUCGCUGCCGCUGAUGCUAGAGGCGAUGUGGGCUGCCAACAAGCUGGACAUUGAGGCCACGCUGCGGCACGUGUGCAAGCGGCUGCUGAGCGAUGAGCAGGCGAGCCCAGCCGCGGCUGCCGUCAGCAAGGAGGUCCGGCGGCUGCGAGCCGAGGCUCUGCGGGAGCUUGGCACCAUCUUCAUUGCUGCCGCCCAAACGGCGGCAGCUGAGAAAGCGGCACGCACGCCUGCGCGCCGCGGCGCGAGCAGCAGCCCCGGCAGCAGCAGCGCGCAGCCGCACACGUCGGCAGCAGCAGCAGCAGCAGCAGCAGCAGCAGAGGGGUGGGCGCCGGCCGCCAACGGUUUUUCGGCGGAGCAGCGGCGGGCGCGGCGGGAGGCGGAGGAGCGGCGGCGGCAGGAGGAGAAGCAGCGGUCGGCCAAGGAGCAGAUGGAGGCUGCGAUGAUGGCGGUGAUGCAGAAGCGCAUGCAGCAGGAGGAUGGGCCUGCGUGA